UCACAUUGGCUUUGCCCGAAGUUUUUUCUUUUGCUUCUUUCCCACCCUUCUUGAGCAUGCGACCAUGGGGGGAAAGUGACCACUCGUGGCAGUAGGGGAAGUCGGGGUGGUGAGCAGCCGAGGGGACGGCUGUAACUUCUACGUGACCAUGGUACCUGUUGAAAACACAGAGGGCCCUAGUCUGCUGAACCAGACGGGGACAGCCGCAGAGACUGAUGGCAGCAAGAGAGCCCGUGGCAGCCGGCAUUCGCCCUGGGCAAGAGGUUGCAGCAUGCUGACUCUCCUGUCCUCGGUCACUGCGGCCGUCGGUGGCCUCCUGGUGGGUUAUGAGCUUGGCCUCAUCUCUGGGGCCCUCCUGCAGAUCCGAGCCUUAUUAGCCCUGUCCUGCCACGAGCAGGAGAUGGUCGUGAGCGCCCUCCUCAUCGGGGCCUUGCUGGCCUCCCUCACGGGAGGAGUCCUGAUCGACAGGUACGGAAGAAGGGCCGCCAUCAUGCUGUCGUCCUGCCUCCUAGGCCUCGGAAGCCUGGUCCUGAUCCUCAGUUUAUCUUACACGCUUCUGAUCGUGGGACGUAUUGCCAUCGGCAUCUCCAUUUCCCUGUCCUCCAUCGCCACUUGUGUGUACAUCGCAGAGAUUGCCCCCCAGCACCGGAGAGGCCUGCUCGUCUCCCUCAACGAACUGAUGAUUGUCAUCGGCAUUCUCGGGGCCUACAUCUCAAACUAUGCAUUUGCCAAUGUAUCCCAUGGCUGGAAGUACAUGUUUGGCCUCGUUAUUCCCUUGGGGAUUUUGCAAGCCAUUGCCAUGUACUUUCUUCCUCCAAGUCCCCGGUUCCUGGUGAUGAAAGGUGAUGAAGAAGCAGCUAGCAAGGUUCUGGAGAGGUUACGAGGUAUUUCCGUUACCGCAGAGGAACUAACAGUCAUAAAAUCUUCCCUGAAAGAUGAAUAUCAGUAUAGUUUUGGAGACCUGUUUCGUUCAAAGGACAACAUGAGGACCCGAAUAAUGAUUGGCCUAGUGUUGGUCUUCUUUGUCCAAAUCACGGGCCAGCCGAACAUUCUGUUCUAUGCAUCCACUGUUUUGAAGUCCGUUGGCUUCCAGAGCAAUGAGGCAGCCAGCCUCGCCUCCACGGGGGUAGGUGUUGUCAAGGUGGUCAGCACCAUCCCGGCCACUCUUCUGGUCGACCACAUUGGGAGCAAAACCUUCCUCUGUGUUGGCUCUUCGGUGAUGGCCGCCUCAUUGGUGACGAUGGGCAUCGUGAACCUCCACAUCCACAUGAACGUCACUGAUAUCUGCAGAAUCCACGGUCCUGCCAACCAGUCCUGGGACAGCUUAACGUCUUAUGGUCCGGGAAACCUGUCAGCCAGCAAUGACAGUGUUAAAGAGUCUUUAAAGGGGAUCAUUUCCCACAGCAGAAGCCCAAUGAUGCCCACAAGAAGUAACAUGGAUACAGGAAAGCAUAUGAGCUUGGCACCUUUACCAACUGCUGCACUGAGCCAAACUGAAUUCCAGGUGGUCGCUGACCCAGUGGAAGUCCCCGCUUUUUUGAAAUGGCUCUCUUUAGCCAGCUUGCUUGUUUACGUUGCUGCUUUUUCGAUUGGUCUAGGACCAAUGCCUUGGCUGGUGCUCAGUGAGAUUUUUCCUGGUGGAAUUCGAGGACGAGCCAUGGCCUUAACGUCUAGCAUGAACUGGGGCAUCAAUCUCCUCGUCUCUCUGACAUUUUUGACUGUGACUGAUCUCAUUGGCCUACCAUGGGUGUGUUUUAUAUAUACAAUUAUGAGCCUGGCAUCCUUGGGUUUUGUUGUUCUGUUUAUACCUGAAACUAAGGGAUGCUCUUUGGAACAAAUAUCAAUGGAACUUUCUAAAGAGAGCUAUGUGAAAAACAACAUUUGUUUUAUGAAUCAUCACCAAGAGGAAUUAGUGCCAAAACAGCUUCAAAAACGAAACCCCCAAGAGCAGAUAGAGUGUAAAAAUCUGUGUGGUAGGGGACAGCCAAGGCAGCUUUCUCCAGAGACCCAAAGGCUCAAAACCUUGCAAAUGUUAACAUAGGGUAAGAAUUUAGUAAAGGGUGUCUUCAAUACAUACUUCCCAUCUGCAAGGUCAUGAAGCUUUAAAGGGACACCCUGAAAGGCCAAAUAACCUUUAUACUCCAAUCCCCAAGAGGAAUCUCAAAGGGUAAAUGAGGCAUGAAUUUCAAGUGAUUCCUGUUCUGAGCAUGGUACAGGUUAAAAGAGUAAGUCUGGUACAAUACAUUCCAUCUUUUUCAGAGUUGCCUUUGAAAAAUUAUAAACUAGUAAUGUGAGCAACUUUUUUGCCUUAAGUAUGUAUGUACAAAGGCCAAUCACAGCCUUAUUUUAUUCAGGCACAUGUUCUGAAGCCAAGCUUUGUUUUUAGAUGCCUUUAUGCUUAAGUGGCUACUAUGUCUCUACUUGUACUGCAUCUAAGUGUAAGAAUUACCAGGACGCAGUGGGUACAUGUGUCUCCAAUUAUCCAUUGCUCAUAUAUUCUAUCUAUGUUAGAAGUCCCUUGCUUGGAUUUCAGUGGUAAUUCUCAAUCACAGGUCAAUGAGUAUAAAAAUUACAGCUUUUUUUUUUUAGAUGAAUUCUGAACUAUAUAAAAUGUCCUGCAUUUGUAAAUCUCGUAUUAUUUUAUAAAACAACCAAUUAAUUCUGCCAUAGUUGAAAACAAAAUCAUUUUCUAUACAAAAUACAAAUAGAAAGAAUUCCAAAAUCCUGGCACCAUAUUUAUUCUCAAGUAGCUGUUAGAAAAACAUUAGAAGUUAGGCUAUUAGGUUAUUUAGCCAAACUUCCAACAUUAGGUUUGAGUUAUAAAAUCAUGCUCACAGAAUUCCUCCUUGUGAAGUGUUCGUAACUUAGUUCUUCACACGCCUCAGGAAUAUCACUACCUCAGGUUAUGACAAGUAGGCUAUCCUAGAUGUUAGUUUUCAGAUGACCACAAUGAUAAUUAAGCAUCAGGACCAUUUCUUCACUGCUCUAAUCCAUGAUGAAAGAGUCAACUGUAUUCAUGUCAGGAACUUGCACCCAAACAAUGGAUUCUCUCUUCCUGUUAUCUCUCUAGUUGAAUUUUAAGGCCAGACAAUAGCUUUCCCAAUAGAAUUUGGAUAUGCUAGAACAUUUACAAUAACCUCAGACCACUUAUACAGUAAUCUAUUGAAUUAUUAAUUUCACAACCCUCAGAGACACACCUAAAAUUUAUUGUCAACAACUUGAAAAAAUAUCAUUAACUUGAAGUAAAGAAAAUCCUAAGAGGGCUUUUUAUUUAACUGGAAAUUUUCCUAUUGGCCUGUAACAGAGUAUAAGGAUCUAUAUUGCUAUAAAUCCCCCAUUGACUUAUAACAAAGAAGAAAAGGAAUAGUGCUUUAUCAGAGAUUCAGGACAAUGAAUGCAGUUUGGUUCUGAAAUGUACAACCUAAAUUAUAAUUACCCAGAGAUAAACGAAGAAAAGAAAUUUGACAUCUUACUUCUAUCAUGGUACAUUUUAUUUCUGAAUUAGAGGAUGUAACUGUUUUGUGUUCGAGAAGGAAAAGUGUGUUCUGAAGAGGAUCAAUUUAAGAAAUUUAUUAUGUGAGCUUCAAUGGGAUUACACACAGAUUUUUUUAAAAAAUCAAGACAGGUAAUCAACAUGAAUUCUUUCUUUGCCAAGCAUCACAGAUUUGUUACACACAUUUUCUCUUGAAAUUCAAACAAUGUAUGUACUUUAGUUAGUUCUUUGUCAUUCAUUGUAAAAGAGUAGGAAAUUGCUCAUAAAUCCAGGUGUAUUACUAGCCAUUUCAAUGUCAUAUCUUACUCAUAUUUUUCUUUCAUCAUCUUGAGUUUGUAACUAAACAAUUUUCUUCAAGCUAAUUUUACCCAAUAUGCCCCAGAAUGUCUUGAUUUUCAAAAAUAAAGGGGAAUGCUUAUAAUUUGUAUGUAUAUAUUCACAGUUUUUAUUUAUAAAAAAUUUACAGCACUUGUGAAAAGCCAGCAGAAGACAUGAGACACACUCAUUUCUUACCAGCCUUGUUAAAAGUUUAGUGACACUUUGCCAGUAGAUGCUCCUGCAGCAGCCCUGAAACCAGACCCGGUCAGAUUGUCUGUCCUCUUCUGAGAAAACUUGGUGAUGAGCUACCCAUCUACUCAGUCUUCAAAUCACUUGAAUACUGAAAAUAUCACAUCUAGACUUGCACCUUGGCCACGUAUUUUCCCAUUUUUUUGUUUGUUUGUUUUGUGGGAGCAGGGGGUGGUGGUGAACAUUGCAAAACAGAAAAACUAACUGGAAAAAUCUCUAACUUUAAAAACAGUCUGUCUGCCCAGAAUGAUCAGGUUUUAUUCUCUGUAUUUUAUGAAGUUGCCUACUCUACUUAAACUAAGGCAAAUAAAACACAAAUGUUACAAAAAAAAAAAAAAAGAACAAAAAGAAGUCAGGAAAUCACAACUAAGUCUUUCACAAGAAAGAAAAUAUAAAAAUUAGCCUUUGUUCCCAGCUUAUGAGGGAGUGAGGCAGGGUAGGAAAGACAGCAAAAAGAAAAAGAAAACACAAAAUAGUACAUGUGUCGUUCAGUGCAUUGUUGAACUAGGUUUUCUAAAGAAAAUGUACAAGAAUAUGGAGGCUAGGAUGUUGCAAUUUUCCACAAAAGUUUAAAAAUAGUUUGGAAAUUCGGGUUUUGAUCAUGCUGAAACAUCUUCUAGGUUUCUACUGAGAAACGACUCCAACUCUCCACUCCGCUUUCCUUCUAGGCGAAGUCACUGUUGCCUAUACUAAACUCCUAAACACAAGUGGCAGAGCACACCACAGCUUUGUUCUGUUUUACCACUCCAGGGCUCACGGGGUGAGCCUGAGAGCCAGUUUCACAAAUGCAUAUUUAUUAUGACUUUAAGAGUAGCAACCCAAGAUUCUGUCUAGUCACUCUUCAGCUCCAUUAAGUAAGACACAGCAAAGGGAAAGACAUAUCUUGUACAAUGGCUUUCAAGUUCAAGUUGAACUAUAAAAUAAUUACACUGUGGCACAGAGGCAGCAUGUGGGCACUUCUAGUUAAAACAGCAAAAUGCAUCAAUUUCUGACGAGACUCUUAGUUUAGCCUUGAGCACCAACCUCAGAUUAUUAACUUUCCUACAGAGUUGAGUCUUUCCAGAAUAACAAAGGUACAAAUGAGGUACAACCCAUCACGGCUUCUUUCUCACAUCCAUCUUGCAGGUAAGAGGUUUCUCUUUUAAAACUACAAUUUUGUAACUUCCAAAAGAUAGUUGACAUUUCUAUCAUAUUAAAUUAGUAACAUAAAACAUUAUGCUUACUCUAUAAAGUUCUACUGCAGUUCUCUAAAACUUAUGUACAUGUUUUUAUUUCUAAUUUGCGAGAAAAAAAUUCCUAUUUGAUAUUUGGUAACAGAGCAUUAAAAGAUACUAUACACAUGUGGCAUAUAUAUAUAUAUUUACAAAAUACACUUCAAAAAAGAAGCCCACACAAUUUAGCAAAAAUCUAAGCUUGCAUAGAUUAAAAAAAAGAAUUAUGAAUACAGUUUCUGUUAAAAUAGAAAAUGGGGACUAAAAGUUAUAGAAUGGAUAUGAAGAGAGAUCUUUUCCAAACUUUUAUUUGUGCACAUUCAAUUGAAAAAGAUAACUUUUACAGGUUCUUUGGUGCCCAUAUUUAGCAUACAAAAAUGUAAAAGACUAUUCACAAAGAAAACACAUUAGCUCAAACUGGAAAAAAUAACAACAACAAAAACAAUUGAAGGUAGUGCACACUGUGACAGCUCUGCUUAUGGGGACAUGAGAAUUACUGCGAAAAUAAAUAGAAUGUCCUUUUGUAAAAGCAGCAAUGUCAUGUCUUGUAAACUUCCUUUUUAUAUUACAGCAAGGUUUGAAAUGAAAUCCAGAGGGACUGGAGCUUACACUGUAGCCAUGAAUGAAUAAAAGAGUCUGUUUCCUCA